CGACGCGGAGAAAGUUUGUGCGCGCCGGGACUCCGGGGCCAGGCGAGGGGCCGCCGAGCCUCCUACGGGGGCUGCGCGCGUCCCCGGUGCAGGGGGGGCGGCCAACAUGGAGUCUGGGCGCAGGGCUGGGGGGGGGCGGUGCGGAGGUUGGAGCCCAGCCCCCUCCUUUCCCCUCCCCCUCCGGGCCGAGUUCGGAGCACAAAGCCGAGCGCGCACGCUCCGGCGGCCCCGCGCCCCAAGAGUCAGCCUGCGCGGAGUACCGGGGAAGGGGUUGGAACCAAACUUUUUCCUGCCCUAGAAUGGACACGCUCCCCAGAGGUCCAGCCUAGCCCCUCUGCACCAUGUCGGACAGCGAUCUAGGUGAAGACGAAGGCCUUCUGUCUCUGGCCAGCAAGAGGAAGCGCAGGGGGAACCUGCCCAAGGAGUCGGUGAAGAUCCUCCGGGACUGGCUGUAUCUGCACCGCUACAAUGCCUACCCAUCAGAGCAGGAGAAGCUGAGUCUCUCGGGACAGACCAACCUGUCAGUGCUGCAGAUCUGUAACUGGUUCAUCAAUGCCCGGCGUCGCCUUCUCCCAGACAUGCUUCGGAAGGAUGGCAAAGACCCCAAUCAGUUCACCAUCUCCCGCCGUGGGGGCAAAGCCUCUGAUGUGGCUCUCCCCAGGGGCGGCAGCCCCUCCUUGCUGGCCGUGUCUGUACCGGCCCCCUCCAACGUGCUCUCCUUGUCCGUCUGCUCCAUGCCGCUCCACUCAAGCCAAGGUGAAAAGCCAGCAGCCCCCUUCCCACAAGUGGAGCUGGAAUCCCCUAAGGCCCUGGUGACCCCUGGGAGCACACUCACCCUGCUGACCAGUGCUGAGGCUGGAAGCCCUACCGGUGGACUCUUCAAUACGCCGCCACCCACACCCCCAGAGCAGGACAAGGAAGACUUCAGCAGCUUCCAGUUGCUGGUGGAGGUGGCAUUGCAGAGGGCUGCUGAGAUGGAGCUUCAGAAGCAGCAGGAUCCAGCACCUCCAUUACUGCACACUCCCCUUCCUCUAGUCUCGGAAAAUGCCAAGUAGGCGCCUGCUACCAGGUGGCUUGAGGUUCAGGCCAGCUGUCCCAGGUUCCUGGUUCACUUCCCUUUCACACAGAGGGUUAUCUACGGAUCACUGCCAAGCAUCGGGAUCAUCUCUGUCCAGAGGUCCUCAGCAGAAAGACAGCAGCUGGUGUCGCUGCACUGUUACGGGGGCCUGUACUCUUGCUGACUGCAUUCCGUCAAGCUUCCUCUCUGAGGAGACCAAGGCGCCAGAGCCAGGUGUUGCUGCUGCUGCUUCUCCAGAGAGCCUUGGACGUCUGCACUCCAGCCUGCUUUCCUCGGCAGGCUCCGGAAACUUGCCAAGUUCAGACUUGAGCUAGGUCCAAGCUGCCCCUAAGCUGUGCCUCUUUCGGUCAGGCCAGGUGUGCACAUUCCAGCUUACUCAAAGGACAAAGGAAAAGGCCCAGCAGAUGUCACAGAACCGACUCCAGUUGAAUGUUUAGGUUUUUGCUAAGUUGUUUAUUUUCCUUUUGCUGUGGUUUGUGUUAAUGGCAGUAGGUAGUCUAGAAGCACGGGUGUGGGGAGAGAGCACCUUAUGCUAUGGAGCUUUAUAAACGGGGUGAUCUACCGCUGCACUGGGGAUGAUUGUAUAAGGGACCAGCAGAAUCUCUGCAGCCGUGCUGAAUUCCAGCUGGAAGUGGUUGUUUGAUUCUUGGUUUGGAUUACUCUAUUGAAAAAAGACAGAAGAAAAAUACCUACAGGUGUUGGAUUAUUUGCACCAGGCACAGAAGUGGAUAAAGUCCAACUGAACCAGAUAGCCAUUUAGACACAGCCGAGAUGGACGAUAAGACUAGAGACAUACUUGUUUUUGCUGUUACUUUGGGGUGGUUAAGCUAGACUGAAACAGUUUGUUUUCUCUCUCUCCUUUGGGUAUUGUCUCCCCUUCCCUUUUUUGUAGCCUGUUUGGAUUCAUUCAGGAGCUUGGUCAGAAGUCAGUAGCACCAGCAUCUCCUACUUGGGGAAGAGUGAGCCAUCUACUGGUCAGGAGACUCUUCAGACAUGCCGCUUGUUCCACAUAGGCAGCUGGAACCUUCUUGGGGGAAAGGGGUUAGUGUGGCACAGGCCCAACACUGAGAGUUGCAUCUGUUUCAACUCCCUUCAAGUUGGAAUUGCAAGGGCCUGCCUAAAUUUCCUGGGGAAACUGAUCACACGUGGUUUUAAUCUCUCCCCUCCCCCCUUUUUACUUUGCUGGGUUUUUUUUUUUGUUUUUUGUUUUUUGUUUUUGUUUUUUUUUUUUAGUUUUCAGCAACAGUAUACCCCAUCUUUAUAUAUCCUAAGAAACACUAAUCCUAGGUUUUUAUUAACCGAAAUAUUUGUGUUCUGAAUAAUCAGAAGAUUUGAGGAGUCCUGACUGUAAUUUCCUGAUGUUUACUAGGUUGUGAACAGAGAAGAGGCUCCUGGGUGAUCACUGACUUGGAGUGCCUGUCCCAGAGAAAGAUAAACCAUUCUGGCCUUUCUAGGGAGCCCCCUGUCACUCUUACAGGCUUCCCUAUCUCUCCUGAGUGGCUUAGCCCCAUCCCUUGCUGUGCAAGUGGGAACUGAGAGAUUUGCUCUCUGUAGGAGAUUGCCUUCCUAGGCUGGAUCUCCCACUUCCCUCCAGGGGAUCCAGCACCCUCAUCCCCUAGAGGCACUGCUGGGGGGAUGAACAUGGCAGCUUCGUAGAAUUUGCUGUUUGCCCACUUCUACCCCAACUGUCUGUGAGCCUAGAUCCCCAGUGAUUGCUACAGGAUGCCUACAGUAGAGGUGACAUUGGGGUGAGUGGGAGUUUUCUCCUCCACAGUGCACUGAGCAGGAGAGGAGGGAGGGAGCCAUGCUGCUGACAUAUUCUGGCAUUCCCCCCUCCUGGAAUACAGUGGGGCGUCUUAAGGGGUGGGGCAGUCUCUGCUUAGGUUGCUUGUAAGAUAAAUCUGAAGUAUGGUUGUCCCAUUGAACAAUAUUUGAGCAAAAAACUACUGUAAAUAACUGGUUUUUGUCUUUUGUCAAAUAAAGUUGUUUGGUUUUAUUUUUAAAAGUCAAACUGAAUUCUUGAUUGGAUCCACUAUGCUUUUGAGACAGAGCAGUCACUGAGGUCUCUGGUUUUGAGACAGGGUUUCUCUGUGUAGCCCUGGCUGUCCUAGAACUUGAUCUGUAGACCAGGCUGGCCUCAAACUCAGAGAUCCUGAGUGGGAAGAUUAAAGGUUUCAUCUCCACCUCCUGGCCAGUAACUGCGUGUUUUUUUUUUUGUUUGUUUGUUUUGUUUUGUUUUUAACAGAUUUAUUUAAUUAUUUAUUAUACAUAGUGUUCUGUCUGCAUGUCUGCCUGCAGGCCAGAAGAGGGCACCAGAUCUCAUUACAGAUGGCUGUGAGCCACCACAUGGGUGCUGGGAAUUGAACUCAGGACCUCUGGAAGAACAGCCAGUGCUCUUAACCUCUGAGCCAUCUCUCCAGCCCAGUAACUGCGUUUUUAUCUGCUUUGCUUCCUCUACUGUCCCUCUAGCCACCUGGGUUAGCACUCUACAUUCCUUGUAAGCCUGGCCAGUCACUUCUGAUCACUGGUAAACACUGGGUUUGCUAAGUGACGGACGAGUGGACCCGGGAGCUGGCAGGUCCACUGAGUGAGGAAAAGCAUAGUACAAUUUGACAACCCCCACAAAAAAGCAGCUGUAAGAUCUGCACCACAUCUGCUUCAGCCACAGCUGAAGUCAGCUUGACCCCACUUUGCUGUUGUGUCAGCCUGUGAAUUCCCAUUUGUUUCCACUGGCUUUGGAUGCAUUUUGUCCUAUCAAGUUGGUAACUGGCCUAAAGUAUAAAACCAACAACGGUAGUAAACAGCUGUGCUGUGUGCCUGGGCCUCUGCAGUGAUCAUCUGGUUAUUUCGUACACAUAUACAAGACAGAGGCCCACGACCUGGGAAAAGUUAACUGAGUGAGGGUUUAGGUUACUUGCUUGAAUUCAGCCAGUGUAGGUAUGAAUUUAGGAUUGUAAUUAAGUCUCUUGCUUCAAGGUCACUGAGAGAUGUCCAGACCCAGUUCAAGUAGUGGUGAGUGGUUUACCACUGCCAAGCAUCCAGCUGUCUUUAACAUCAGUGUAGGCUACGCACUUCUACAAUCAAAUGGCUGGUUGGGUUUUUUGCUUUUUUUUCUUUUUCCAGAUUUCUUUCAUGUGCAUGAGUGUUUUGCUUGUAUGUAUGUUCCCCUGGAGGUUAGAAGAGGGUGCCCUCGAACUGAGCCACCAUGGGGUGCUUGUGUGUGGGUGUGUACAGCCUGGCCUUGAAUUCCUGAUCCUCCAGUUAAAAGAACUGAACUCCAGCCGGGCAGUGGUGGCGCACACCUUUAAUCCCAGCGCUCGGGAGGCAGAGCCAGGCGGAUCUCUGAGUUCAAGGCCAGCCUGGUCUACAGAGCAAGAUCCAGGGCAGGCACCAAAACUACACAGAGAAACCCUGUCUCAAAAAAACAACAAAAAAAAACUGAACUCCAGUACUCAUCAUUACUCAUUCACCAGGGCCUGUUAGUAUCCCCAAACUAGACACUUAGGCCCAGGAGGAAGAGGUAAACCUCAAAAGAGAUUUGUUUUUGCUGGGCCUAAUAACAGUUCUAGUACUCUAGAAGUAGAGGCAAGAAGAUCAGUGACUCCAAAGCUAGCCUGGGCUACGUAUCGAGAUGCUAUGGUAUCAAGAGUAAUAUGUCUGGGCUGGAGAGAUGGCUCAGCUCUUAAGGACAGGCUCACAACCAAAAAUAUAAAAGUAAUAUUCCCAUAUUGGUUUGGGUCUGAAUGUCCCCUGAAGGCCCUUUAUUUAAAAGCUGUUGCAGGCCGGGCAGUGGUGGCACAUACCUUUAAUCCCAGCACUCAAGAGGCAGAGGCAAGCCAGUCUACAAAGCCAGGUCCAAGACAGCUACACAAACCUGUGUUGGUGGGGGGUGGAAGCUAUUGCAACCUGAUGGGAAGGGGCUUUUUUAAAAUAUAAUUUAUUUAUUCUUAUUUUAUGUACAUUGAUGUUUUGCCUACAUGUAUGUCUGGGGCGGGGGUCAGAUCUUAGAGUUACAGACAGUUGUUGCCAUGUGGGUGCUGGGAAUUGAACCCAGGUCCUCUGGAAAAGCAGUCGGUGCUCCCAACCACUGAGCCAUCUCCAGCCCCAGGAAGGGGCUUUUUAAAAUUUUUUUUUACAGAUCAUGAAAGCUAUAACUGGUUAGUCAAUGGGUGGGUUUAUAAUUUAGUGACAUAGGGGAGUAGGAACUAAGAGGAGGGGACUAAAUGUCACUGGAUGGGCCUGCCUUAGCAGAGUCUAUACGGUGGUCCCAUCCUUUUCCUGCUUUCCUUUCCUUUCCAUGCUAGAGUACAGAAAACACCUUUGCUCUACCCUUAACCUCUAGUCAAGCCUGAGCUAACAGAAACCUUCAUCCUUUAAAUUAUUUCUCAAGGGGGGCUGGAGAAGUAGCUCAGCAGUUAAGA